GCGUGUUCGCAGCAGCCUAGGAGUGUGCUUCCGAGCGCCCUCUGCUGUUCGUCGGCCAGUAGAGCGGGCGGAGUCUCGGCCUGAGCCCGUGACACGCUCCGUCUGACUCCGGGGAUCGUCCGGAGCUGUGAGGCCCAGACCGGUUCCGUGCGGACACGGUGAGGGCCCCAGCAAGACUGAUAAGACGAGGAGCUGAAUAAAGACCUGCCAGGACGGUCCGUGUGGAAGCUGCUGUCCACUCAGAUCCGUCAUGGCCGACGUAGAUCCGGAUACGCUGCUGGAAUGGUUGCAGAUGGGGCAGGGGGAUGAGCGAGACAUGCAGCUCAUUGCCUUGGAACAACUUUGCAUGCUGCUGCUCAUGUCUGAUAAUGUAGACCGCUGUUUUGAAACGUGUCCUCCCCGUACUUUCCUGCCAGCUUUAUGCAAGAUUUUUCUGGAUGAGAGUGCCCCGGACAAUGUGCUUGAGGUCACCGCCCGUGCUAUAACCUAUUACCUAGAUGUAUCUGCUGAAUGUACCAGGCGUAUUGUGGGUGUUGAAGGAGCCAUAAAAGCACUCUGCAAUCGACUCGUGGUUGUAGAGCUGAAUAAUCGGACAAGUCGGGAUUUAGCUGAACAGUGUGUGAAGGUGUUGGAAUUGAUCUGUACACGUGAAUCAGGAGCAGUGUUUGAAGCGGGCGGCUUGAAUUGCGUCCUAACCUUUAUCAGGGACAGCGGCCAUUUAGUUCACAAGGAUACCCUGCAUUCUGCCAUGGCAGUGGUGUCCCGUCUGUGUGGUAAAAUGGAGCCUCAAGAUGCAUCUUUAGAGACUUGUGUUGAGUCUCUCUCUAGCCUUCUGAAGCACGAGGACCAUCAGGUGUCGGAUGGUGCGCUUCGCUGUUUUGCUUCCUUGGCAGAUCGGUUUACACGCCGAGGUGUUGAUCCAGCGCCACUGGCACAGCAUGGACUUACUGAAGAAUUGCUGUCUCGUAUGGCAGCAGCUGGAGGAACUGUUUCAGGACCCCCCUCUGCUUGUAAGCCUGGACGUGGUACUAGUGGUGGCCCUUCAACUUCAGGAGAUGCUAAAAUCAGCAACCAGGUCUCCACAAUAGUCAGCCUAUUGUCAACACUGUGCCGUGGAUCGCCUGUUGUUACACAUGACUUGCUUCGGGCUGAAUUAUUAGAUUCAAUGGAGAGUGCUUUACUAGGUGAUGAAAGAUGUGUACUUGACACCAUGCGACUUGUAGACUUGCUGCUGGUGCUGCUGUUUGAAGGCCGCAAGGCUUUGCCUAAAUCUAGUGCUGGGUCCACUGGCCGAAUCCCAGGUUUGAGGCGACUAGACAGCUCUGGAGAGCGUUCUCAUCGUCAGCUUAUUGAUUGCAUUCGUAGCAAGGAUACAGAUGCGCUUAUAGAUGCUAUUGACACAGGAGCGUUUGAAGUGAAUUUUAUGGAUGACGUUGGGCAGACCCUUUUGAAUUGGGCCUCUGCUUUUGGCACUCAGGAGAUGGUGGAAUUCCUGUGUGAACGAGGUGCUGAUGUAAACCGUGGUCAAAGGUCAUCUUCUUUACACUAUGCUGCUUGCUUUGGGCGACCUCAGGUGGCAAAGACUCUGUUACGCCAUGGAGCCAAUCCAGACCUGCGUGAUGAAGAUGGAAAGACUCCACUUGACAAAGCACGGGAACGCGGGCAUAGCGAGGUGGUUGCCAUCUUACAAUCUCCAGGAGACUGGAUGUGUCCUGUUAACAAAGGAGAUGAAAAGAAGAAAAAAGACUCUAAUCGGGAGGAAGAAGAGUGUAAUGAGCCUAAGGGGGACCCGGAAAUGGCUCCAAUUUAUUUGAAGAGGCUGUUGCCUGUUUUUGCUCAGACUUUCCAGCAGACUAUGCUCCCAUCAAUCAGGAAAGCCAGCCUUGCUCUUAUCCGAAAGAUGGUCCAUUUCUGCUCCGAAGCAUUGCUGAAAGAAGUUUGUGACUCGGAUGCUGGGCACAAUCUUCCCACAGUCCUUGUUGAGAUUACUGCUACUGUUUUGGAUCAGGAGGAUGAUGACGAUGGUCACCUUUUGGCACUGCAGAUCAUCCGAGACCUAGUAGAUAAAGGCGAUGAUCUCUUUCUAGACCAGCUAGCAAGACUUGGUGUUAUAAGUAAAGUGUCAACUUUGGCUGGACCUACCUCUGAUGAUGAGAAUGAGGAAGAUCCCAAACCAGAAAAGGAGGAUGAACCACAGGAAGAUGCCAAAGAAUUGCAGCAAGGCAGGCCCUAUCAUUGGAGGGACUGGUCUGUUAUUAGAGGACGGGAUUGUCUGUAUAUCUGGAGUGAUGCUGCAGCAUUAGAAUUGUCCAAUGGCAGCAAUGGCUGGUUUCGCUUUAUCUUAGAUGGAAAACUUGCGACCAUGUAUUCAAGUGGAAGUCCAGAAGGUGGUUCUGACAGCUCAGAAAGCAGAAGUGAGUUUUUAGAGAAACUACAGAGGGCUCGUGGCCAAGUGAAGCCCUCCACGUCCAGCCAGCCUAUUUUAUCUGUUCCUGGACCAGGUAAGCUGACGGUGGGCAACUGGUCCCUCACUUGCUUGAAAGAUGGAGAAAUUGCCAUCCACAACUCUGAUGGACAGCAAGCUACCAUACUGAAGGAAGACCUACCAGGCUUUGUCUUUGAGUCAAACAGGGGAACCAAGCAUUCUUUUACUGCCGAGACCUCGUUAGGCUCCGAGUUUGUUACUGGCUGGACCGGAAAGAGAGGUAAAAAGCUCAAGUCCAAGUUAGAGAAAACGAAGCAGAAGGUACGGACAAUGGCAAGGGACUUGUAUGAUGAUCACUUCAAAGCAGUGGAAAGCAUGCCACGUGGUGUGGUGGUUACUCUGCGGAAUAUUGCCACACAGUUGGAGUCCUCAUGGGAACUUCACACAAACAGACAGUGUAUUGAAGGUGAAAAUACGUGGAGAGAUCUAAUGAAGACUGCAUUGGAAAACCUAAUUGUGCUGCUGAAGGAUGAAACCACCAUAUCUCCUUAUGAAAUGUGCAGUAGUGGUUUGGUGCAGGCUCUGCUCACCGUGCUUAACAAUAGUGAAGAUUUUGAUCUGAAGCAGGACUGUGGACAGUUGGUGGAACGAUUGAAUGUCUUUAAAACUGCGUUUAGUGAAAAUGAGGACGAUGAAAGUCGACCAGCAAUUGCACUGGUCAGAAAAUUGAUUGCCGUGCUUGAAUCUAUAGAACGGCUGCCGCUGCAUCUGUAUGAUACGCCGGGAUCGAAUUACAACCUGCAGAUCUUAACUCGGAGGCUUCGGUUUAGACUGGAGCGUGCCCCUGGAGAGACCUCUCUUAUUGACCGAACUGGUCGCAUGCUGAAGAUGGAGCCGUUGGCAACUGUGGAGUCCCUAGAGCAGUAUUUGCUUAAAAUGGUGGCUAAACAGUGGUAUGACUUUGAUCGGUCAUCCUUUGUAUUCGUGCGCAAGUUACGCGAAGGCCAAAGUUGUAUAUUCCGACACCAACAUAACUUUGAUGACAAUGGAAUCAUGUAUUGGAUUGGAACAAAUGCAAAAACCGCAUAUGAAUGGGUAAAUCCAGCUGCCUAUGGAUUGGUGGUAGUAACAUCCUCUGAAGGCCGCAACCUGCCAUAUGGACGACUUGAAGACAUCUUGAGUCGUGACAGUUCUGCCCUAAAUUGCCAUACCAAUGAUGACAAGAGUGCUUGGUUUGCCAUUGAUCUUGGGCUGUGGAUUGUACCAUCUGCCUACACUCUACGCCAUGCCCGUGGUUAUGGCCGUUCAGCACUUAGGAACUGGGUCUUCCAAGUCUCCAAGGAUGGCCAGAGCUGGACAACUUUAUACACCCAUGUAGAUGACUGCAGCCUGAAUGAGCCAGGAUCUACUGCCACAUGGCCUUUGGAUCCACCAAGAGAGGAGAAGCAGGGUUGGCGGCAUGUCCGAAUCAAGCAGACUGGGAAGAAUGCUAGUGGGCAGACCCACUACCUAUCCCUUUCCGGCUUUGAAUUAUAUGGCAGUGUUACUGGAGUAUGUGAAGAUCAGUUAGGUAAAGCAGCCAAAGAAGCCGAAGCUAACUUGAGACGCCAAAGACGUCUGGUGCGCUCCCAAGUUCUGAAAUAUAUGGUACCUGGGGCAAGAGUCAUCCGUGGCAUUGAUUGGAAAUGGAGAGACCAGGAUGGCAGUGCUCAGGGAGAAGGCACUCUUACAGGGGAUUUGCACAAUGGCUGGAUUGAUGUCAUAUGGGAUGCCGGUGGCUCUAAUUCUUACCGCAUGGGCGCGGAAGGAAAAUUUGACCUGAAGCUGGCCCCAGGUUAUGACCCAGAAUCUGCAGCGUCAUCCAAACCUAUUUCAUCCACUGUUGCAGGGACACCACCUUCCUGGAGCAGCUUGGUGAAAAACAACUGUCCUGACAAAGCACCUCCCCAUUCCUCUUCCGCUUGCACAGUUGCUGGAGGUGUGACUGGUUCCUGCAGUCGCAAAGGGAGCAGCAGCUCUGUCUGCAGUGUGGCCAGUAGCAGUGAUGCCAGUGUGACCUGUGCCAAGACAGAGAGAAGGGCAGAGGAACCAGGUUCUGACCUACAUCAUGACCCAAUCCUUGUGCUGUCUUCUAACCCAGCAGCCCCUGGCUCUUCAACCUGCCCACCGGGAGGAGAGCAGGUGGGUGAAGGAGACAGAAAGUCCGGAGACGCACCUGCUAUAUCAAUGGGCAUGGUGAGCAUUAGCUCACCCGAUGUAAGUUCUGUGUCAGAGCUAAGCAACAAGGAGGCUGCUGUUCCCAGACCACUGGGCUCCUCUGCUAGCAACAGACUUUCCGUCAGUUCUCUGCUUGCUGCUGGAGCUCCAAUGAGUUCCAGUGCCAGUGUUCCCAACCUGUCAUCUCGUGAGACGUCCAGCCUGGAGUCUUUUGUAAGGAGAGUCGCAAACAUUGCCCGGACUAACGCCACCAACAACAUGAAUCUUAGUCGAAGCAGCAGUGAUAACAACACCAACACUCUGGGAAGAAAUGCAGUGAGCUCUGCCACCUCUCCACUUAUGGGUGCCCAGAGUUUCCCUAAUUUGACUACAACAGGAACCACAUCUACUGUCACAAUGUCUACUUCCAGUGUUACUAGCAGCAAUGUGGCAACAGCCACCACCGGCCUUUCGGUCGGUCAGUCCCUCAGCAAUACUCUGACAACUAGCCUCACAUCCACAUCCAGUGAAAGUGACACUGGCCAGGAGGCUGAAUAUUCCCUUUAUGAUUUUCUGGACAGUUGUCGGGCAAGCACUCUUCUGGCUGAGCUAGAUGAUGAUGAAGACCUUCCAGAGCCAGAUGAGGAGGAUGAUGAAAAUGAAGAUGACAACCAGGAAGAACAGGAGUAUGAAGAAGUAAUGGAGGAGGAAGAAUAUGAGACCAAAGGUGGCCGCCGUAGAACAUGGGAUGAUGAUUAUGUGCUAAAAAGACAGUUCUCUGCUCUGGUACCAGCCUUUGAUCCUCGUCCUGGGAGAACAAAUGUUCAGCAGACUACAGACUUGGAGAUACCGGCUCCAGGUACACCCCACUCAGAACUACUGGAAGAAGUUGAAUGUGCUCCAGCUCCUAGGCUAGCUCUUACUCUAAAGGUGACCGGCCUGGGAACUGGACGGGAAGUAGAGCUUCCACUCAGUAAUUUCCGCUCCACCAUCUUCUACUAUGUACAGAAACUGCUACAGCUGUCUUGUAAUGGAGCCAUCAAAUCAGACAAACUGAGGAGGAUAUGGGAGCCAACAUACACAAUUAUGUACAGGGAGAUGAAGGAAUCUGAUAAACAGAAGGAGUCGGGCAGAAUGGGCUGCUGGUCCGUGGAACAUGUGGAGCAUUCACUGGGUACAGAUGCUUUGCCAAAGAAUGAUCUGAUCACCUAUCUGCAGAGGAACGCAGAUCCUAGCUUCUUGCGGCGCUGGAAACUGACUGGAACUAACAAGAGCAUCCGAAAGAACCGCAACUGCUCCCAGCUUAUCGCUGCUUACAAAGACUUCUGUGAGAAUGGGUGCAAGUCUGCAGGGAUUCCUGCUGCUCUGGGCACAAUACAGAGCUCUGACAUUUUAAUCCAUGGUCGGGAGCAGCCACAAGCUAAAGCAGGUAGUGGUCAGAAUUCAUGCGGUGUGGAGGACGUCCUGCAGCUUCUUCGCAUUCUGUAUAUUGUAGCUAGUGAUCCAUACUCUGCUAGGACACCACAAGAAGAAGGCGAUGAAAUGCUUCUCUUCAGUGUUUCCCCAGAGGAAUUCACCAGCAAAAAAAUCACAACCAAAAUCCUACAACAAAUUGAGGAGCCGCUGGCUUUGGCUAGUGGAGCCUUACCAGACUGGUGUGAACAGAUAACCAGUAAAUGUCCCUUUCUUAUCCCCUUUGAGACAAGGCAGCUUUAUUUCACAUGUACAGCGUUUGGCGCAUCCAGAGCUAUUGUGUGGCUGCAGAACCGACGGGAGGCCACUGUGGAGAGGAGUAGGACAGCCAGUGCCGUCCGUAGGGAUGACCCUGGUGAAUUUAGAGUUGGACGCUUAAAGCACGAAAGAGUGAAGGUCCCACGAGGGGAAUCUUUGAUGGAAUGGGCAGAAAAUGUAAUGCAGAUCCACGCAGAUCGCAAAUCUGUGCUUGAGGUGGAGUUUCUUGGAGAGGAAGGGACUGGGCUGGGACCUACCCUUGAAUUCUAUGCCCUGGUGGCAGCUGAGUUUCAGAAAACAGACUUGGGAAUUUGGCUGUGUGAUGAUGAUUUCCCAGAUGAUGAAUCUCGACAGGUUGACUUGGGUGGUGGCUUGAAACCUCCUGGAUAUUAUGUGCAGCGGUCAUGUGGACUAUUCAUUGCUCCCUAUCCUCAGGAUAGUGAAGAACUGGAUAGAGUGACCAGGCUUUGUCAUUUUCUGGGUAUAUUUUUGGCAAAAUGUAUACAGGACAAUCGCCUAGUAGACUUGCCUAUAUCUAAGCCCUUCUUCAGGCUCAUGUGUAUGGGUGAUAUCAAAAGCAAUAUGAGCAAACUGUUGUAUGCCUCUAGAGGUGAGGAAAGUGAGCACUGUACUGAAAGUCAAUCUGAAGCCUCCACAGAAGAUGGACAUGAUGCCCUCUCUGUGGGAAGCUUUGAGGAAGACUCUAAAUCUGAGUUCAUCUUGGAUCCGCCAAAACCAAAACCACCAGCCUGGUUCCAGGGUAUAUUGACAUGGGAGGACUUUGAACUUGUAAACCCACACCGUGCCCGCUUUCUCAGAGAUAUUCGGGAACUUGCCGUGAAAAGGAGACAUAUUUUGAGUAAUCGCAGCUUCUCAGAGGAUGAGAAAAACACACAACUCCAAGAGUUGAUGCUAAAGAAUCCAUCUGGUUCUGGACCUCCAGUCAGCAUUGAAGACUUAGGGCUUAAUUUCCAGUUCUGUCCUUCAUCUCGUGUUUAUGGCUUCAGUGCAGUAGACCUGAAACCCAAUGGUGAAGAUGAGUUGGUGACUAUAGACAAUGCUGAGGAAUAUGUUGAUCUGAUAUUUGACUUCUGUAUGCAGACUGGUGUUCAAAAACAAAUGGAAGCAUUUAGAAGUGGCUUUAAUAAAGUAUUCCCUAUGGAGAAACUGGGUUCUUUCAGCCCCGAGGAGGUCCAGAUGAUUCUUUGUGGAAACCAGUCUCCCUCCUGGUCUGCCGAAGACAUCAUCAAUUACACAGAGCCCAAGCUAGGUUACACAAGAGAAAGCCCUGGCUUCCUUCGUUUUGUACGAGUUCUUUGUGGAAUGUCCUCCGAUGAAAGGAAGGCUUUUCUACAGUUUACAACUGGGUGCUCUACAUUGCCCCCUGGAGGACUAGCCAAUCUGCAUCCACGCUUAACUGUUGUUAGAAAGGUUGAUGCAACCGAUGCUAGCUACCCGUCUGUGAAUACCUGCGUGCAUUAUCUUAAGUUGCCAGAAUAUUCUUCGGAGGAGAUAAUGAGAGAUCGCCUGCUUGCUGCUACCAUGGAGAAAGGAUUCCAUCUGAACUGAGGGGUAUCCUGGGCUGACAGGACACUACAACUUGUUACUUGCAGCACUCCCCCUCUCGUGUUUGUGUGCUGAGAAAAGACAUGGUCAUUCUUCCUCUCGCUGUGUGUUUCUUACACUCACUCUGCGAGGCUUUAAGAGAGAGAGUGGGUGUAAUGCCUUUGUUAAUUGUUUUCUUGUUUGCUGCUAAUGAUAAAAUGGUCUUUUGUCCUGGCAUGACUGAAUCAAAACACUUAGUCUGCCACUUCAUCCUGGCAGCAGCUGCUUUGAAGGGCAGUAAACACCCCUCAUAUGCCUCUUAGGGUUACUGCUUGUCAACACUCAAGACAUUGUAAAAGUGUAACGUCUGUUGUAUGAACAUAAUACACUACGUCAGCAACUCCUGGCCCCCAAUGUCCUGCAUCCAACUCUCAUUUUGCUAGCUUUAAACUAACAUGCCAGAAAGCUGCUUACAUGAAAUGUAGAACGUUAAUGGACAUCUGAAGCUUUUCACCCCCUUCUUUCAGUACUUUUCAUUUUUCUUUGUAAUGGUGCCUGCACUAUUUAAUUCCCUCUAGUGUUUACUUUGUAUUUUUCUUUCUCCUUACGUUAUAACCAUGCACCUUUGUUAUUAUAGUGUCCUCCUUAAUCUGGAAGGAUUGGAAUUUUUUUAAGCCCCUGCUAUGCAGAUUGAACUGAAGUGUUUGUGCAAAAUCCAAAUAAAGCUUCAACGCUAUGAUGAUUUCAAUCCCUACAACAAUGUACAAUGGCAUAGAGCCAAUUAUACCCCUUCAUUUUUCAACUCCUGUGCAGAAGGCUGUUCCUCGCACUUAAGGGGUUAAAAAAAGAUUGCUCUCUUGUAUUUUCUUUGUAUAUUAUAAACAUUUAUUUAACUUGUUGCAGUUUGAAGUAAAAAAAAAGUUAAUAAAGAAUUUAAAACAAAACACAUUUCCAGUAUGUGUGACGAAAAAUAAAAAAUAUAUGCAGUCUGAAA